CGAGCCCGCGGGGACCGGCUCCCCCCCCGCCACACCAGCAGGGAUCGGCUCGGCUCGAUCCCGGUUCCGCUAUGGAGGCGCUGCGUGCGGCGGGGCGCGCCGUGCUGCGGAGCCCGCGCCUCGCCCGGCAUGGCCUGGGUCUCCGCCGGCGGCGCAAGCUUCCUGAGAGCUGGGGCGAUAUGCAGGAGCCGCUGCUUGAGGGGAUGUGCUUCACCCUCAAGUAUCUGGGCAUGACGCUGGUAGAAAAACCAAAAGGAGAAGACAUGGCUGCUGCCGCCAUCCGCAGGAUCGUGGCCACGGCACGGGUCGGAGCUCGCAAGUUUCAGAAGGUGAUUCUGACGGUGUCUCCGAGGGGCAUCUCGCUGCAGGAUGCAGACACUAAAGAGAUGGUGGAGAACAUCUCCAUCUACAGGAUCUCCUACUGUACAACAGACAAGCUGCAGAACAAAGUCUUUGCUUAUGUUGCCCAGAGCCAGGAGAGCGGGGCACUGGAGUGCCAUGCCUUCCUCUCACCCAAGAAGAAGAUUGCCCAGGCUGUGACUCUGACUGUGGCCCAGGCCUUUCAGAUGGCGCUGGAUCUCUGGGAAGCAACACAUGCAGGCUCUAGGCAGGAUCAGCCCCUUCACCCUUCAUGUGUCUUGGAGAGCAGUGAGCCCGGCAGACCCCGUGAGCCGGCCCCCCCAGGGAGCGCUCCCUUCAGACACCAGUUUGGGGAGGAGGAGGAGGAGGAGGAGGAGGAGGAAGAUGAUAAUGUCAGUGAAACCUUAUCUGGAAUUAACACCUCUUGUGCCACAGUUGAGCUCUCCUACAGCACAGCUACUGUGCUACCGCCUGGGGCCGCCCCCAGACAGCUGGAAGGUGCUGGGAGGGGUUGGAAACUCCCCAAGCACUGGUCCCAGGACUGCUGGCCCCAAGACUCCCCUGGGCUAAGCCAAAUCUCUGCAACAAUGGACCAGCCACUCAGGAUUCACCCUGUGCCUGCACCUGGGCCAGCCAGUGCCCACCCCUGCCCUGGCACUGCCCUCCUGGCACGGGGGCUGCUGGCACUGCUGCCAUAGAGUGCACAGGCUGCAACACCUGCUCCUUGUCCUGUGCCACCUGCAUGAACCUGCCUCAAGCUGCAGCUGCUCCCAGCUUGGGCUGGGAGACCCAUGCUCCUCACUCUGCUCACUCCUGGGCCACGCAGGACCACCCCGUGUGCUCUGAGCCUGCCUGAUGCAGGCAGUGUACACCCUCAGGGAGCAAUAGCUCUUGGUGUGAUGAAGGCCUUGCCCCUGCAGUUCAGCCCCAUACCCUCUCUCGAGUAAAACAACCUGGUUUUUAAAGGAAAGCUCUGCCUUUAUAGAGAAAUAAACUGAGUUUUUUACUGUUGUCA